GUGAUACAGCUACACUUGCAUUCUGCUGCCUCUGCAAAUAUAGGGAGUCUUCGAUUUAUAGGAAUAUUUCAUACGCCAAAUGGACGGUUGCACACUGCAAACGGAAGGAGAAAAAGAAAAGGCCAUCAAGUGUCUCGAAGCAGCAAUCAGACGAAGAACAAGUGAGGGUAUAAGCUUGGAGCUAUGUGCAAAGGACCGAGUAGGGCUGCUCUCAGAGGUAACACAAAUCCUCCGAGAAAACGGACUCUCAGUCACGAGGGCAGGCGUGACAACGGUGGGGGAGCAAGCCGUGAAUGUGUUCUACGUGAGUGAUGCAUCGGGCAAACCAGUAGACGCAAUGACCAUAGAAGCCCUGCGCAAGGAGACUGGGAAGACGAUGAGGCUUAACGUGAAGAAGCCGGCAAUGAAUACGAAAGCACUCGAAGCAAGUGGUAGGGCAAAGACUAGCUUCUUCUUUGGAGGUUUGCUGGAAAAGUUGCUCCCUUGA